AAGUCUUUCUACUUAGCUGACUGGUCGGCUAUGUACGGACGCCGCGAUCUUAUUCUCUUUAUGUGACUGUUUGUUUUGUGUGUGCAUUUUUGUUACUCUCGAUCCAAUACCUUCAGUUCAUCCCAUUGUUUUGCUUUUUUUGCUUUCAUCGUCGUCGUAAUUUUGUUUUUCGUUCGGUUUUCAUUUUCGUAUAUGGUCAACGAAUGUAGUCGUCAUUGGUUGCAACAUAAACUCAUUUUCGGCUCUUGUUCUCAUUCAAUUCCAUACACUUGUUUCGUUGUUUCCAGUGCAUGAGAACUCCAAAGACGAUUUGCGCAAACAGCAAAUUAAUUCAGUGUUACUGAUUGUUGUUCUACAUUUUUUUCUACAUCGGUUAAAUUUGGUUUCGCGUACAUCGAGUUGAGUUGCUUUGGUGUGCAUGUGCGUUGUGUAUAGUGAAACAUAAAAAAAUAAAAGUCAUCAUCGUAUUGCAAGCGUACUCAAAAUACACACACACACCUGCGGCUCAUUUGCAACAGAUAAUGCAAUUUGAGUGAUGGCAAAAAAGAAUCGCAGAAAAAAAAACGGAAACACCACAACAUGAUGGAAAUGGCUUGCUAGAAUGUUAAAACAUAAAGAUACGUGACGAGUAGACGGUAGACGAAAAUACGAAACGAAGCAACAGCAGCAACCGAAGAAGAAGAAGGCAAUCAUAUUGAAACGCUGAUAACUGCCGUCUUGUUUAUUGCGAACCCAAUUCGGUACGAAUAAACCGUACGCGCGCAAUCAUAUACUAAUCAUAGUGAAUGAACAACGAGUUCUUAACACUCUCAUGAUGUGCUCGCGAUCAGGUUGAUCAGUGUGCGCAUAUGUUAUAUGUGUGGCAGCUGUGUGGCAAACAGUUCCAGAACCGUCCUAUUUGCAAAAGUAGCUCAUCUCAAAAUUGUUUGCAAGAAUAAACAAAGUAACAUAGAGCGAAUCGAAAAAAACGAGACGAACAAGUAGUAGAGGAGACGAUACAACGAAGAGGCAAGUGUUUUUUGUGUAUCGCGAGAGAGAGAGAGAGAGAGAGAGAGAGAGAGCGCGCGCCUAUUAAAAACGGAUCACAUUGAAAUUGGUGAUUGAAAAAAGAAGAAGAAGAAUUCGCUGAUGAGAUCUGCGGCGCUGCACGUUUUCGGCGGAGAUAACUAGUUAUCGCAGUGAAAAGUGGAUACGAAAACGAGGCGUUUGAAAGAGGGAAAAUCUGCGAAGCCCAACCGAGCCGUUUAUCGAAAAUCGAUCGAUGGUCGAAAGACGUGCGACAAAGACAAAUGUGUGAAUAAAUACCAGUAAAAACUGUUUGGUGGCAAGAAAAAAAAAAGAACCAGCGAGUGAAGCCUAGCAAAUAAUCCGCUGCGUACAAAUUAGUUGUAAUCGUGAAAAAAAAGUUCUACAAGGAUUUCUCCUCCACCUCGACAUAAUCCCAAAUGGGUGUAUAUGAAUUCAGGCGAUUAGACGUGAAUUAAACACAAAGAGACGGAAGUAACGUAGCGAAAAAAAGAGAACAAUGACAGAAAUCUUCAAGAAAAAGAAAACUGGAAUCUUUUGACAGAAAAGAAAAACAUAGAGACACAGACCAAAUACAGACGCACACAAAGGAGACAUCGAUAAAAGUACAUGGAAUGCAAUGGAUGUGUGCCUUCAAAUGUAUAUUGUAAAUAACAAUGAAAUGCGAUAAUGUAAUUUGAUGUAUUUAAGCAUACGUUCAUGUACGUAUAGCGAGACGAAGUGAUAAAGACAGAGAGAGAUAUUGAAAUUUAGGCCAUUUGUAAAUGCUUAUCAGUUGUGUGUGAGCGCUCCGAGUUUCGAACAGAGUGUGUUGUGUGUUAGGCUCAAGCGUGUGUUCAUUUCUCCAGUUUAUCGUUGUUGAUAUUCUGCUGGUGCUGCGUUAACGAACAACAAAAGAAAGUGUGUGCAUUUUAUUUUCAUUUCUAAAAUAUCAUACAUAUAUAUAUAUAUAUAUAUAUAUAUAUAUUUACGCAUUGGUGGGCCUAUCGUGGUGGUUUGGCGUGAGAUUCCUUUAAUUGCUUAAUAAAGCAGUUUUGUGGUGUGUUAACAGUUCAGCGUUGUCAUCAUAUCCGCUUUUGUGCGUUGAAAUAUUACUCAUGUCGACCCAUUAACAAUAAUUUUAUGUUCGUGAGCUUUAAACACACAUACUUGGCCGGGGCCUAGCGCAUUGCUAUUGACAAAACAGAAGAAGAAAAUAAGCGUGUUCAUCGCAUAAAAAAGAGAUCAGACAGUGUUUGACUACUCUCGUGAUGUGUUGUGCACUUUAUUUGGGCAUUGUGUGUGAAGAUCGAAGAAGCGCAUUUGCAAUUCAUCGUGCAAAAUUAAACAACGAAAAUGAGCAAUAAUACAAAUAGUGGUGGUGUUAUAAUACGUUCAUCAUCCACGGAGGAUGGUAACGAAGCAUAUGAUGCUCGUUUAAUUGGUAAUCGUAUGGAGUCAUCGUCGAUGAAUCGCCAACAAAAAUCCGUAAAUAAUGAGCGGUACGCAUCAUCGGUGCGUCAUUCAGCUGCAUUAAAUGAUCAUGAAUUUUCGUCGUCCACCACACAAAGUGAUGGCAACAGCCAUGGUCCACCAUUCAUCAAUGGCGAUUUGAUUGAUUUGUGCGAUUCAGUGGUCAAUGAUCGACGUGAGUAUUUAGAUGUUGGCUCGAGUCGCGGCAGCGAUGGUGAUCCAGUUGAAGCAAUCAAUAGUCAACUGUUGGCCGAUAUCGAUGGAAAAUCACAUACCGUAAGAGACUGUUAUGUAUUAUACCCAACCAAAGUGUCAUUCGACAAUACAAUAUCAGGAACGAAAUUAAAUCACACGACGAAAAAACUACUGAACAAUAGCGUUGAUUUGUCGAGUAGUGCGACGCGUUCGUCCGAAACGAUUGGCAAAUGUAGUGAAAGUACGGCAGCGUCAGCAGCAGCAGCAGCCACAAAUGAACAACAUCAAACGGUCAUUCGUGAAUUUAAACGGCUAGGAACGUACUGCACACUUCGACCGGAACAACGGCGAAAGCAUUUACUCAAGGUAUUGCCAACGUUACGCAAAUCCAUGCUGUUACAAACAUUGCUCGGUUCACAUUCAUCAAAUGCCACCACGAAUAGUUCGACCAAAAUGAAUACAGCCGCUGCCCACACCACUACCAGCAGCAGCUCUAACGAGCUACUAACCACAAACAAUGACAUCGAUUCGCUUCUCAUUGAUCUGGACGAUUUCAUAAACGGUAAUACGGCGCUCAUGCAACGCCACCAAAACAAUGAACAAUUCACAUCCAGCAGCGAAUCGAUUGCAUUAAAUUAUGAUAGUCAAAGCCAAAGAUCACUAAAAAGUGAUGCCACUACCUCGAUCGCAUCAUCCAGCUAUAGUGCGGCCAAUUCAAACGAAAUCACGGGUAGUUGCAUCAAAAUUGAUCCCGACAAAGUCGAAGAUUGCCUACUCGAAUUGGACGCCUAUUUGGAAGAGAUCGAUCGUGAUUAUGUGCUAGCGUGCGCUGCACACGGACCGACUACAUCGUCCGCACCAUCAACAUCGACCGUCUCUGCAUCAUCACAAUCGCUCGGCAAUGCAAAGUCGUCGUCGUCAUCAUCAUCAACGAAAAUUAGUGCAAGUCUAGCAAAUGAUUGUUUGGAGAAAACAUCGAAAAAUCACAUUGAUCGACUACUUAACGUGGAUAAUUUGCUCAGUUGUAACGGUGGCAGUGUCGGUUUGUCAGCACAACAAACCAAUCAACAAUUGAUUGACAGUUGCAGCAUCAAAACGAUGGAUGAUACACGACCACGACAACAACAACAACGACGAUCAACAACGACAAUUUGUGGUGGUGCAUCGAACUGGCAGCAACCGAUUAGCAAUAGUGAUAUUCAAAUGAAUCAGUGCGGUGCACAGUCAAAUGAUGCUAGCAAAAUAAAUGGCUCACGAAUAGCAGACAAUAAACGGAAAUCCAAUGAUAUUGCCAACGAUCAACCAUUGAAACGUGGACAUAAAUUACGUAACACAGUCGCUGUAUCGGGACACAGUAAUGAAGCGAUGCGAUUGAAUGGCGUUGCCGUUUCCAACACCGACGCCGCUACAUCACAAAGUGUUGACGAUACACCGAAGCGAACGCGACCAAAAAAUGCAGCAUUGUCUUGGCGUCGUCUAUCAAUGCGUAAAACAUGCCCGAUUGAUUUGCCGGAGCAACAUUCUUCACCAAGAGGUGCAAUCCGAGUUGCACGUACAUCGUCAUCAUCGACAGCAACCGCCGCCGCCACCGCCAACCGAUCAUUAUCGAAUAUGUCGGCCAAUGAUUUUGCCACCAAUACGAAUUACACAAGCCUUCAAUUGAAUCGAACGAAUUACGAUGGAAAUAAUGACAAUUAUUGUUUCAAUGAAACAAUGCCACCGUCAUCACCGGUUGCCGUAACAAAUGCUCGCUUGUUCCAAUCGAACGUCAUCGGUGCUUGUGAAAAUAAUCAAAUGUCAACGCCAUCGAAUGGUGUUCAACAUCGCGUUGAUCACGUCCUUUCCAAUAAUGAAUACAUCGAUAGUCGAAAUCAAUUGCCCGAACUGAGCUCUUUGAAUAAUGAAUUUUUGAGCACGAUUUUGACAACGCCAAAUUAUCAACAAUCAAGCUCAAUUUCCGCAUCGUCGUUACAACACGAAACCAAUUUUGAGCACAACAUCGACGAAGAAAUUGGCCGAAUCACAAUCCCGGCGGCAACGGCAGCGACAGCAGCACCAUUCGAAGAAUCAAGACCGAGACAAUUGGGCAGACGGUCUGAAAUGCGAUCGCGUAUCGUUUCAAUUACAGCCGAACGCAGUGCCGAAGGCAAUCAGAGGAUAAUUGUUAAUUGCGAUACGGAUAAUGUACAAUGUGCCACGCAACCGAGCUGCUCAACGUCAACAAGUCCUUCAAAUCAUUCAAACCAACCAUCACAAUCGUCAUUGCAGCAGCAACAGCAGCGGCUAUCAAAUCAAUGCCAAUUCCCGGCAUCUGAACUUAGCUCAGGUGCAUCAUCGCGCAAUCCAAGCCCAGUAUCCAUUGGAUCGAGCAGUGAAUCGAGCUCUGGCGGUUCAACAUCUGCUGGUGAAACAAAUAUCGGAACAACACCGCAUAGAAGUAUGAAUGUGGCAGGCGAUACGGUAACGUCGGCAUCAAAUAAUCGAACCAACAAUAGCAGCAGUAGUAGCACUGCACAACGCCAAAUGAAUUCGAAAACGACAGUCUGGCCAUUCGGUUUCAGCAGAGUAUUCGCCGCAACAUGCUGUACACUUGGCCUUUUCAACAUUUCACGUUUCUCCAUUUUUAGUAUAAUUUUCGGCGCCAAUUUCAUUGUGCAAUUUCUGCUGAUAUCAUUUUUCCUCGGUAUUCCGAUGCUUUGGCUGCAAAUGUGCUUGGGCGCAAAUAUUAAAGGUGGACCGAUCUCAAUGUGGCGCGUUAGUCCAAUUUGCAAGGGUAUCGGCAUUGCAUUGGUGCUGGUCCAAGCGCUGAUGACAAUCUAUUCGGCUGUUGGCAUUGCAUGGAUGCUAGUGUAUUUGCGAGAUUCAUGCGUUGCGGCCCGUUAUCCAUGGUAUCGAUGGCAGGAAAUUUUUGAAUUUUUUCGUGGCCCAUCCGAUAACGGCAUUGCAAUUAUGUCAAAUACGAGUGAACCAUCGUCAACAUCGUCGAAAUUGGGUGAAACGGUUGCCGAUUAUUUCAAUGGUGUGAUUUUGCAACGAUACCAACUAGGACCAGGUGGACGAGCAUCGAAUGGCAAUGGAUUGGGCGCGGUGCGUUUUCAAUUGGCAUUCAAUUUAUCCGUUGUUUGGCUCAUUGUAUUCGUUUUACUGUGCAAAGGUUUGCGAUUGUAUGGCAAAGUUGUGAUUGCUCUUGCGUCACUGCCAAUGAUCGCACUGUUUGCAUUGACCAUCAAAAUGUUGACGCUACUCAAUUUAUCCGGAUUUCAAAACAUUUUCCCCGCUACCGAUUGGCAGGAAUUCUUCACCUGUAGCCAAAGCUGGCUGUCUGCGGCGCAAGAAGCAUUUUUAACAUGGGCCCUACUCGGCGCUUCAAUCAUCUCAAUUUUUAGUAAAACGGCAAAGUUUCAACAAGACGGUGACAAAGUGUUGCGACGCGAUGCACUGCUUGUGGUUGCGUUUACAUUGAUCGGCUUGUUAUUGGCCGCUAUCUUUGGGAAUGCAUGCGUUCAAAUUUUGAAUGAUCGUGGAUUUUUCUAUUUUCCUGGUAGUUUUGAGACCAUAACAUCGUCAGUUUCACUAUUGCCAUCGAGCAAACCGUUGCCGCCGCAGUUGGCUACCAGUCUAUCGAAAUGGCUGCCACGCUAUUCGACGUUUCUUGGAGAAAGUUACAAGCGCAUCGAUCCCAACUCAUUCGAAAGUGGCUGGCAACCCAUCAGACUCAUCACCGAAAUAUUCCCGGCUACUCUGGCAGCGGCAACACUUGACAACGUUUCGUCAUUUUGGAGUUUAUUGGGUUUCACUAUGUUUUUGGUGUUUGGUUUGGCUCAAUUGUGCGCCAUGUGGAAACCGCUAGCAACAUCAUUAUGUAACUAUUCCGAAUCAAUAUCAGCUACAUCAACGACCGUGCUUCUGACGUGCAUGGCCGGUUUGCUACUUGGAAUACCAUUGACAACGGAGAGUGGCAUCAAUAUCAUCUACUUUUUGGAUUCGGUCAUCGGCGGCGCAUGGUUCGUUCUACUACUUUGGACCGGUCAAAUUUUCGCCAUUUUCUUGGUACGAGGUCGACCGUAUUCUGGCGAUAUUCUGGUUAAUCGUUUGCAUCUCGGUUUGACCUUAUCCGCUUUUGUGGCACUCUCUUGGAAUUUACUACUUCCAAUCGGAUUGUUGACACUUUGCGUUCUGCAAUACAAAAUCUCCUACUCGUAUGACUUUUAUCACUGGAGCGGAAUCAUUUCGCAGUCAUAUUGGCCGAUUUGGACGCGUAAAGCAGCUGCAUUCAUUCAGAUUGGCAUCUUUCAAAUCAUUCCCAUCGCGGCCAUCGUGCAAACGUAUCGUUAUUUGAGCAAAGGACCACCAGACAUACUCGAUCGAUUCCAGUUGCUAUAUCGGCCGCCAAUAAGUUCAUCGCAAAGAUCGCACAGAUAUCCACUUCCACGAACGGAUCGCAACACGCGUGCAACCUCGAAUACCAGACAAUCAGAAAGUGCAACCGGUUCGUCAUCGAUACCAGCCAUUGGAAUUGCGGUAACAAUGGAAAGCAAUCCAGUGUCGCUAACAUUAGACGAUGCGCCACCCAAAUACACACCACCGCCAUCGUACACAACUGCAACUGGUGCUCGAAUCGCAAAACUCCUACGCAAUAGUAUACGGCGUAGUGUUAGAAGAAUUUUGGGCGAGCCAAACUGUAAUAAUCGUCGUCAGCGUGCCCCGUUGCCAACACAUACGCUAGAGUCAUCGUUCGAUCAAAAUCCACCGGAAUACUCAACGAUCAUCUCGGCGGCAACCACAUCGAAUCAUCAUGACCAUGUUGAUGGAAUGAACGCAUCGGAAAUCGACAAUAGUGAAUUCGGGCCACGUGUUUUGUUCAACAGUGAAACAUGUCGUCAUCAAAUUGUAAACACGCGUCGUCACACCACCACCAAUUUCCCAUCACAAAAAUCGCUGGAGAAAAUGGAUUCAUUUUCAUUGACAAUGCCAAGACGGCAAACAACUGCCAUUUCUUCCACAUCAAAUGAACGAUGUAAUUUUCGCAAUUUAACUGCACAUGAUGUUGCACAAUUGCUUCGAUCCACACAAUAUACACAGCAAUCACUACAAAAUGACCAUAUGACCGACGAUACUCUUGCACCCAGCAGCAUUGACAGUUCAACAUUUCCCAUCGGCACCGAUGAUUUGCAAUCUGAUGACAUCGGUCAAGAGCACGAAGAUUUUUCACUAACACGUUCCGUUGAGGAAUUGGUGCUGAAUGAAGUGCCGAUUGGGGAAAGUAGUGCAGCUGCUAACUUUUGUGAUAAAAAUAAUUGAGAAACAACAGAACAAAAUAAAACAGAGGAGAAAAAAAAUGUUCGAGAUGAUCCGAAUUUGAAUUUAACUCUAAAACAAUUUAUACUAACACAUUCCACCCAUUUUACUAUACUAUAUGUACAAACCAUGUAUCAUAAAUGGUCAAUGAAUAUUGAAAACCGAACAAGUGAAACAAGAAUUGCAAUUAGAAUUUAGUACGCAGGAAUUCAUAGACGUUAAUGUUCAACUAGAAAGAGAACGUAAUCGAUAGUCAAAACCACUUUAGAAAAAUGACAGAAAUUAUGAGCCUUGACUAAGAACUAUUUAGAAAUUAUAAAUAAAUAAAAGAUAUGUAAUAAUGUACUGUUUUGACUUUGAUUCGUCAGCUUAGCAAACUUUAUUUAUAAAUACCCAUAUGAAUAAAAAACACAUAAUUGAACAGAAUUAUAUUCA